CAGGGUGGAGCGGGGUCGGAGCGACUGGGGGGAAGGGAACGAUGAGGGGGGCGACCUAGUGCGACCCGCGCCCCGCCUAGGGGCAGAUUCCUGCUAUGACAGCAUGGUUGGGGUGUCCGUGGGGGAUGUGCAGCUUGGUGCUUUGGGUCCUUUUCCUGGGCCUCAGCUCCGCGUCCGGGCAACGACUGCAGAUCACCGCGUCCACGCGGGCGGAGCGGCGUCUCAUGGUGCAAGAUGAAGUUCUGGAAUACAUUGAGAUUGACCUGCGCUUCUCUGCUCCCGUCUAUGUCACCAGCUGUGGCUCACCGCUCAACGCCGUCUACGUGAGCGAGGCCCAGCGCUGUGCCUCCUGCCCUCCCGGCUGCACGCUCUCGGCGGCCUUCAGCCGCUUCCCGUAUGUCCCUGACCUGCUGCCAAAGUUGCAGUCUGAACCAGAGUGCAUUUGUGGUGUUAGCUAUGAAGAGAUGCAGCUGAGAACUCAAGCAUGGCCUGGAGAUCAGGGCUUUGCAGUUCUCACAGAUCGACGACCUGCCUUCAUCCAUAGCAUCCCAGAAACCAGGGAGAUCUAUUCCUCGGCCAUCUGGAAGUUCGAUGCACUGAUUGCGACCAUCAAGUGUCCCAACGAGGCGAACAUGACUCCAGCCUUGGCCCGAAUCCGACGGUUCGGGAUCAAUGGCCAGCCCUUGGACAAUUCACUGAUGUGGUUCCGGCGAAUGGAGACAGCUUUUGGUGUGGAAGACAUUGAUCGCUUACUGGCGAACGCAUCGAAGUCCUACAACAGCAGGCGGGCGGUCUUCUUGCUGCCGGUGAGGCGCACGAAGAAUGGCCGAACUCGACAGCUGGGGCUCACCCUUCAGGAGCUUGGGCCCUGUCGCUUGGAACUGCCCUUCCUGACUGGGCCACAUGGAGAGCCUGCAGAGAGUGUCCCCAGCAUUGGCAAUUUGGCCGAGAAGAAGUUCCCUUGCAAGAGUCAUGAGAUCGAGGCAGCCCAUCGGCAGAUGAAAGCAGUGAUGGAUCAAGUUUUGAUGGCUGGUCGGCAAUCUGGGCACUGUGUCUCAGAUUGGCGAACCACCUUCCCUGCGCGUGGUAGCGGUGGACCAGGUGGGACCUCAGGGCGAGACUAUGUUUGGGGCGUUGACCCCAAUCAGAGUCAGACCUACUCGCCCUACACCAGUGAAAGCAAGCCGCAGCGCUUUCGGAAAGUGGGAAUCCUGUCAUACCGCAGGGACUUUGUGACUCCGACCUUGAAGGACCAGAUGCCCUGCUCUGUGUAUCGUUGGCAGCUACGGCUGAGAGCCCAGAACACGCGAGAGCGGGCAGUGUCCUACACAGCCUCAGAUGAAGUGAAUGGAUGUUGGUCCAUGAUGGAGCACGCGCUGAACUUCCAGGUUUCGCAGGUGCCUGUGGAAUCUCAGAGCUGUAUGAAGGACCCUGAGGACAACGCCUUUUUCUUCGAUCCUUGCUGCAAUCUUCAGCGACUUCGACAGCAGUGCUGUGCCAAGAGUGUCCACACCAUCGAGCAGCCCGUCCUGGCCUCUGUGAAGCCCGAGUCGUUGGCGCGUUGCCGGCGAGACGCGCAUGGGAGCUACGUGAAGACGGCCAUCCAGGCAGCGCUCGCCUGGCAGCGGCGCUUGGUGGAACCCAGUGGGACGCAGAUCAGCUGGAAGCAACUGGCCCUGCAGGAGCAAGCCAACGCCGCCAUGUGGCGCUCCAUCGAGCAGUGUCACGUGGACGUCAUGGGCCGCUUCGACCGCGAGCUGGGCCAGUAUGUGGGCUUGCCUUGCUUGGUGGAUUCCGACUGCUUCACCCGAUGCCGAAAGCCUGUCUUGGAGAGUUUGAAGGUCAAGGUGGCUUUGAAGCAAGGUAGCCGCUCCAAACCCUUGGUCUUGGGCCGUUGCACCGUGCCAUCUGACAGUCGUCAUGUCUACUUGGUGCGUUGCCUCUCCCGGCGUGUGGGGAAGGAAGUGGUCGAGCUCCUGGCUGCCGAGCUCAACGUCGAUGUGCGCAACCGCAACGAAGCCAAUGUCCUGACCGCACUCACGGACACGCCUUCCACCUUUGUGUGUGUUGGGCCCUAUGCUACACCAGGGGUGCAGGUGACGCGGGAGCAGUGCUUAAGCAGGGAAGGUUGCAACUGGCAUCACGAGAUCAGGAACAGAGGUGACUGUAUUGCUGACCAGUUCCAGAACAACAUGUUCUGCGGCUGUGUGGAAGGGAUGUGCCCGCAGCAAAGCCGACGUGCUGGGUGCAUCACAGGGGCCGUUUACACCGAUUAUUGCGCUGAUGCUCGUGAGAUGUUGAGACCCUUAGAGUUGGCCUGUGCGAUCAUCGCCACCACGUCCCAAGCAUUGAAGCGCUGCAGAGAUCUCGCGGAUGCGCACAGCUUCAUGUACCGCUGGUGUAUCAGCCUUCCAUGCAAUCCACGUGACGUGUAUUUUCUGGCAGACGAGAAGUGCAACGACAAUAUGCGCCGUGAAUUUCAAGCAUGCUAUGACUCUUGUGUCAUGCCCAGUGGACCAAACCCAGACAUUACGAUUCGGGAGGUGUGCUUCCACGAGCUUUGGGAGAAUGAGACGGAUCAGGAUUGUUAUCUGAAGCCUGGAGACACGAUGGUCCACUACAGCCCACCCGCUGGUGCAGAGAACAUCGAAGAGAACUGGGCUGGUGCUCUGACCUUGGAGUUGCCCAUUACACGGAGGCCACGCUACUGCUCCAUCAGACUUUGGCAAGAGCUCGAGCAGUCCUAUCGCCCUCGGUCCCUUGGGGCGGAGCGUGCCCGUCUGCUCUAUCGCCUCAGUCAGGAGAAGGCGGCACAGGAGAUGGAACUGAGGAGAACCGAAGGCCUUCGACGAGAGAAUGAGGUCUUCUCCACACAGGAGCCAGAGCGCUUUUUUGGUUGUGACAUGGGGCCUCUACCGCUAACAGCGGAGUCUUCAACUGCAUGCCGCGCCAAGACAGAAUAUGUGUGCUGCUUUUCCCCAGACAACCGCACCAGUGGCUCCUGCGAGUUCUGCGUGGAAGCCAACACGACGUCAUGUAGCAUUGGGCAAAAGCUGAUGGCCAUUUGGGCGCCCAAUCUCCAGCUCUAUCGGGCAACUCUUGCAGAAGAUCUCGGAUCAGACUUGGCACGCGUGGAUUGGGAGGACGGAGACAUCUACUAUCGCCAAGUGCCAUGGGCUUGGCUCAGAACCUUGUCGGGCGCCGGAUGCCACCCGGUGAUUGAGGGAUGCGCGGCACAUAGCCAAUGCCCAUUUCGGAGCUACUGCUUUAGCUGUGAAACCUGUGCAUUGGCCUAUGGUGGGAAUCCACCGCCCGGGCUGUGUGAUCCUUGCCCCACACAUCGUGGAGGCGGCUGUGGAAGCAUCGACGCCUGCGUGAGGUUACAAGAUAGUAUUGAUGGAGUAUGCCCCACAGAGGGCUUGAUAGAGUGUCCCUGCAAAGAGGAGUGGAGCGUCAGAUACCAAUACCCUGGAGCGCCGACAGAAGAAAGCAUCAAUGGCUGCUAUUUCGAUCGAUCUUCCAACUCCAGAUGGUGCGAAGUGGAUCCUGCCUAUUUUGGCACUGGAUGCAUUCUCCAACGCAUCGUGGGAACAGACAGAUUCAUAUACUGGCAAAGCUGUCGCCCGAAGACCUGUGACCACUGUAACUGCGACUGCAGCAGCAGGUGUCAGGCAUAUGAUGUGCUGCCUGUGCACGGCCGGCUUCCUGUAGAAGUGCAGCCAGGACAACUGGAUGCCUUUUUGGAUAGCUCAUUCAAGCUCUUCGCUGGCGUCAUUGCUCCGAACUGCACGCAAGGGAGCUCAGCCCGUAUCCGGGAUGUGUGUGACUACUGCGUGGCCUGCUGCAACGAUUUCUGCAACGAAAAAGCUCGAACAGAGGGUGGCUUUGACUGCACAACGACCCAAGUCUCCGGUUGUUCGGACAUGGUGCAUGGCUGGAUGGACAGCGUGGGCAGAGAUUGCCCGACCUACGUCACUGAUUCCCUUUGCACACAGCAAGGGCUCUAUGGGACCAACUGGGUCUACAAUCCUCCUCGGAGCUUUGCGGACUUCUCCUCGAGUGGUUUGGCCGCCACGGAUGUCUGCUGCGACUGUGGCGGUGGUGUGGACUGCUCGGACCAGCCUUUCGAUUGGAAAGAUGCCAAUGGUCACCCAUGCUCGACCUAUGAGGUCUUCAAGUGGUGUGAUCGAAUGGGAUAUGGCUCCGGCUGGGACCUGCAAUGGGGGGUCUUUCCCCUCGGAACCUCAGGUGUGGAUGCCAAAACGGCCUGUUGCGUUUGUGGUGGCGGCCAGGCGCUUGCAAAGCCUGAGGUGGUGAACAAUUUGGUGGACACCGAAUCCACUUGUUUGUCUGUUUGGCCUGGCCGAGCGCAGUGGCGGAGCCCUCCCUGGUAUCAAAGAAGCAUCCACCUAUGUCAGAUGGGCAACAACAUGUGCGCACGGAAGCUGCAAGCAACGAUGUACGACCCCGGCAAGGCGACGAACGUGGCGGAUGAUGAGAGGAUCUUUGGCCUUUGCUUGCAGAGGGCCUAUGACACAGGCACCUUGCCCUACCUGGAGGACUUUGAGAUGUCCUUAACGCCUGUGGGUGCUGGACGGCGUUUGUCCAACAGUAGCGGCCUUGACGCACGACUGCUGGCCAUCCUAGAUCGGAACCAGGAGAUGGAUCCCACGGAGCUCACCCAGCAGCUCUUCACCGAGGGAGCCUCGAUUCGAGCGGAUUUCUUUGGGAAUCGUGGCAGGGGCAUGUGCAUGUAUCGAAUGCCGGACCCACGGCAGAUGUAUGGCGGCCCCAAUCGGGAGAUGUUUCCACCACCGCUGCUGCCGCCCUCCAACGGUCAGAUGGAUGCCUUUGAGCGACCCAGCCUCCAGACCUUAGGAUGGCCACGCGCCUUCUUUCCGGCGCUCUUCGAGCAGGGGGACGCUCAACUGGCCAUGGACCGCUCCAUUGGUGAGGUCUUCGGGGGCCAACCGUUAGAUACGGCCACGGAUAUCAGCAGCGUGCUGCGCGGCUUGCUGGCCAGCAAAGCGAUCAGCGUCAUACCAGCAGGCUUGUUUCAAGAGAGAGUUCAGGCGUGGUUGGCACUGGUGGCGAACUUGGAGUGCAAGGGACCGACCGAUGAUUUGACGAAGUUCUCGGAGCCUUCUCUAUGGCAGCCUGCAAUCCUUCACGAUCAGGUGAGUUGCGAGGUGCCCCGGUGCGACACAGAUGAGAUGAUCCUGGACGAGCUCCGCUGCCGUUUGACCUACGGGUGCACGGCCGAUUGCACAUUUUGUGCUUCUCCUGCCCUGGUCACGCAAGACAAUGGCCUGUGUGUCUCUGAAGAUGUGGCUUCCUGCAAUCAGUUGGGAGGACUCGUGGUGGAGGGGCAGAUCUUUGACGAGCGCAUGGGGGUCAAGCGAUUCCAACGGCUUUGCGCAUUGCGACACAGGCCUAUCAUGUAUUGCAUGGGCCCCGGGUUCUUCAUCAAGCGCUGUGAGAACUUUGAUGAGGACAGCUGUGAAGAGGACCCCCUCGCUCACGUGAUGGGAUGCUUCCAGAGCGUCAGGCCUUGCCCCACGGAAGAUCUUUGCACAUUGUCUGGCCAUUGCAGUGAUCGUGAUAUUGGACUGAGCCUCGCCAGCUCCGGAACUUGCGUGGUCACACCCUUGGAUGAUGAUCUCAUUCAGCAAGGCUGCGUCAUCGGCGGAGCCAGCUCGUUUCCUGAUGGCACGUGCUUCUUCCGCUUGGACCCUCCGUUUGGCAUGGAGGUGAGACAGCGGCAUGGCUUGAUGGAUCUAUCUUCGCAGACUUCCGAGAAUGCGCAGGGGAGCCAGCUGGAGGACGCCGCAGCCUGGGCCACCUCGUUGCAGGAGGCACAGCUGGCCGCCGAAGCCACGGACUUCGACCUGAUCCGCGCGCGGCUGCGGGGCGCCGGGCGGCUGAACCGCACGGAGUGUGAGAGGCUGAACCCCUUGGCUCCACCGUUCCAGGCAGUGUGGAUCGAACGAUCAACGACCCCAACCUCUUGUGCAAAGUGGAAGGCCUGUUGCCUGCUACGCCGUGGGGAUCGAUGCGAGCUCUUUACCAGCAACGUGGUGAACAGCGACAUGCCGGGAGCUGCAGCCAUGGAGGCAGAGUGCAAAGCCUGUCAAGGCGAGUGGCUGGAGGUCUUUCAGUGGACCUCCGGGCUUUGGAAGCGAGGCGACUUAGUGAAUCCUCUCCGUGGCUGGUUUUCCCGUGCGUGGAGCCCGGUGAACCGAUGGGCUGAAGUGGUGGAUAUCGAUCUCCUACGUCGCCUGUUCGAGAACGCCUUGGAAGCGCGGCUGGGACAACAGCGCCUCAAUGCGGCUGUGGCCAUGGUUGAGCCACUGAUGACCUCCCUCAAGAUGUUUGCUGCAGCCUGUGGCAGCCAAAGCGAGCUUUUGGACGCCUCAGUCGAAAGAGGAGAGCGCUUGCAGGGCAUGCCUGCAGGCCCACCCUUGAUGCAACUGCCAUCUGGUUUGAUACACAUUGGCGAAAUCCUGGCAACUGCUGGGCUGAUUAGUUCUGCAUCCUUGGGAGAUAUCCGCCUCUCCUGGCAUGAGUACACUGCAUCGCGCUUCGGGGACAGUACCAUGGCUGCUGUGAAGUAUGACAUCAGCGUGUUGCCAUUCGAGUACUUCCUGGGAGUGGCAGCGCCGCAAAUUGCACUGCCCGGGCGUGCUGCAUUGGUACGUAGCUUUUUAUUGCAGUUCAUGGUCUUCUCAGAUACCACCACCAGCUUAUCGCCUGCAAGCAUGGAGACGGUGGACGCAGGAGGUAUCAUUGGUGGCUACCCUGCGUGGGUGGUCAAUGAGAUGAUCAAGCUGGACAUCGAUCCAGAGGCGGAGGCGGAGGAGGCGGCAGACUUGGCCAAGAAGUUGGCCGCCACCGAGGAGACGCGGCGCCAGGACCGCCUGCGAGCCGCGGAGGAGCUGGCCGCGGCCGCAGACACCUCCACGGGGCUGCCGCCCUCGUCGCUCUACGUUUUGACCGAAGAGUACUUGGAGAACACCACCAUGACCACCUCUCCUGGCACCAUCGGCCUGGAUGUGGCGAGCACCUCCUGCCGGUCGGUGGUCGCGAACGCGCAGGGGGAGGUCUUUGGCCGCAUCAUGGGAGAUUGCGUGCAUGUGGCCAGCUCCACCACCAUCGAGAACUCCUUGGAACUGUGUAUGCCUUUGACCUAUGGUAGCCAGGCGGACAUUGAUGCUUUCAACCAGACGGAGCAGGCCAUGAGCGCAGGCAUGCGCUUCGACUUCGCCUUGGCUUCGCAGGUGCCCAGUACCUAUGAGAUCAACACACCACCAGCACUGCAGGCAGGAGCAGAAGUGCCCGGUCGGCUAGGCCCUGUGAUGUGGAAUUGGGAGGACAGUGAUGCAUGGGGUCGCUUGCCACCUGGGUGGCUCUACUUGACGCCCUUCAGCCUUCCAGCAGAGCUCCGCAGGGAUGGCGCUGGAGGGGCACGCUUGUGCUCCAAGAUCUACGCCUCGGGGCAGACCUAUUGCCCAAUCUUGCGCCUCAGCACACACCCACGAAGCCUCAUUUGGACGAAUGCCUCUGGAAAGCCUAAAGUGUUGGGCUUUGAUUCUGACUGCCGGACCCUGGACCAGCUGCUCUCUGACAUUCACAGCCGGCAGAGCGCAGACCUUGACAUGCAAGUUCCAUACUUGCCGAUGGAUCAGCAGGUGUCUGAUGCCCAGCUGUUGACAGAGAGGCUGGAGCUGGGAGUUCUGCCUCCGGUGGAGCCAACGGCCAAUGUGCCGGUGUGUCUGCCUGGGCAAUGCAUGGUGCAGAAGGGCAAUGGCUUCGAGAUCAUGCCGAUUGAAGAGGGCGGCUGCGCCAUCUAUUGCUGACGGAGGAGGUCAUGAAUUCACCUCAAUUUGGGCAUCGCUUUGGCCACUGAUCCACUCACUGCUUCAGUGAGUUUGGUGCCCUGAGGCGACCUCUGAGACCCGAGGGUCUGGAGGGUCUGAAGCUCUCCAAGUCCGUCCAAGACGGGCCUGGUGUACAUAGCGAAAGCUUCGGGUAGGAGAGGGCCACAGCCUUCGGACCGAAGAGGAUCGAAGGCUUGCGGUGGAAUGAGGUAGGAGUCCAGCCA